AUGGAUCCAGUGGCCAGCAGCUGCAUGAGGGGCCCCCAUCCCCCGGCCCCGGUCUGGGGAUGCCUUCGAAACCCUCACUCAGAAGGCAGUGGGGCCUCAGGCCUCCCCCACUACCCGCCAACCCCGUUCUCCUUCCACCAGAAACCAGACUUCCCAGCGACAGCAACAGCAGCGUACCCUGACUUCUCGGCCUCCUGCUUGGCGGCCACCCCACACAGCCUACCCCGGGAGGAGCGCGGCUUCACUGAGCAGCACCCCGCCUUCCCGCAACCCCCCGACUGGCACUUCCCUGUCUCGGAGGCCCGGCAUAGGCUCAACCCGGGCCCAGCAGGGGGCUCCAAGGAGAUGGGGGCCAGCAGCCCAGGCCUGGUGGACACCACGGGAGGUCCAGGCGAGGACUACGAGGUCCUUGGGAGCACUGCCAAUGGGACGGAGAAGAAGUCAACCAGGCGGAAAAAGGAGAGUUCAGACAACCAGGAGAACCGAGGGAAGCCGGAGGGCAGCAGCAAGGCCCGCAAGGAGCGGACGGCCUUCACCAAGGAGCAGCUGCGGGAGCUCGAGGCCGAGUUCGCUCAUCACAACUACCUGACCCGGCUCCGGAGAUACGAGAUCGCAGUAAACCUGGACCUCUCCGAGCGGCAGGUCAAAGUGUGGUUCCAGAACCGAAGGAUGAAGUGGAAGCGCGUGAAGGGGGGUCAGCCCAUCUCCCCCCAUGGGCAGGACCCCGAGGAUGGGGACUCUGCCGCCUCUCCAAGUUCAGAGUGAAAUUCUCCAGGGAGAAAAAAAAGACUGAGGACUGAGCCCCGUACCAAC